AUGAUGAUGAAUUCUUCAACAGAUUCCCCUUAAUUAAUGUAGGAUUUGGAUUCUAAACCGUAGUAAGAUUUAAUAUUGAUACUUAAAAUGUAGGAAUCAAUAACUCUCGCCACUAUGUGAGACAAUAAUAAGCACAUAAGAAUUUGAAAGUAUAGUGUGGGAUGAGACUUACACAUAUCCAAAACAAAUUAAGACUAAAUUUUAGAUAAAGGUAACUAAAGGAGGCAUUAAAUACACUACUAUUGAUGGAUCUAUUCAUAGAAUGUAAUAAUUUGGAUUAUAUUAAUUUUUAGAGAUGAUUUUACAAAUAUUUAAGACAACCCAUAAUUUUGGGUCAAUAUGGAAUAGAUAAAAUAUUGUUAAUGGUAAGGAGAAUACUAAGAAAAUAUAAAGAAGAUUGGUAAGUGGACUAUGACAUGGAAUGGAAAUUUAUUAAAAGAUGUUGGAGGAUAGUACUCAGAUAGUGGAUAAAAGAUAGGAUAAUGGAAGGAAAUCAUAAAAAAUUAUUAGAAGUAAAAAUAUCAAUAUUUUAAUAAUAAUAGUUCUGCUUAAGCUUAUGAAAUUGGAAGUUAUUUUAAUAAUGUGAAAACAGGUCUAUGGAAGGUUAUCUAUAAUGAUAAAGAAAUGUUAUUCUAAUAUUUUAUUCUUUUAGUGGUGAAGGAUCAUACAAUGAAUUUGCUGUUAAGAACGGAAAAUGGAUUGAAUUAAGUGAUACUUUUUGGAAGUAGUAACCUUUUUGUUUAGUUUAUUAGUUAGAGUUAAGUUACAUUACAUGGUGAAUAUAAAAAAGGUACAAAAGUUGGUUAAUGGGAUAUUUAUUAUCAGGAAGUCGGAAAUUCUAUAUACAUGUAUUAAUUAAUCGUUUUAUGA